UCUGCUUAUUCCAGGGAGCCUCCAGAGUGAACAGUUUUUCGUCCGAAAAGAUCAUGUUGUAGCCUGCGUACGUCUACAACAGCAAGGUCGCCCUGUUGGCAAUAUUUUUGCUGGUUGAAGCCUUGAAUUUCCUGCUUUUUAAGCGUAUUGUAUGCAAAGUCCUUUUUCAGAAAGCUUUGCAUGGCAAAGUGGUUCAUGUUCACUUCACGAGCCAUUUUCCUGACCAAGCUAGCUGGAUUCCGCUCGCGACUUGUUCACGACUUGAAUCCUGUAGACUUGUAAUUUACUAAAUGUACAAGUUAACAAGUUAAUUUGUCAUGUGUUUGACACACAGUGACAGAAAACACCCUUUAGGGACACUCGAAUAAAUCACUUCUACGAUACCACCCUGUAAAUAAAAUGUAAAAAUAAUAAGAAUUUUGAAGCUUCGAUGAUAGCAAAUGUAAAUAAAUUCACCUUCCGGACUAUAUAUGGGUCUUUAUUUUUAAUAUCACAUACUUGCUUAAUUUAAGUAACAGUAAAAUAUGUUCACAUGUAGAACGUUUUUAUGUUCUUAACACAGUUACAAUAAUAGCAAGCUUCAAAUAAAUACAGGAAGUAAGCGUGCAAAUGUACGUUAUCUAGUACAUUAAAACACAUCCCAUCACAUGCAAUCAUCAUUUUAAAACAUUGUUUUACUCGUUUCUCACAGUACAGAUAUUGUUGUUUGGUAACUAACAAUCGAAAGUUGUUUUCGAAAGUAAAUGAAACUGAGUUAAUAAAUACGGCGUAUGUAUCACGAUUAUCUUUAGUAUGCACUGUACAACAUAAGUCCCGAUUGCUAUCGACAACUGGCCAGUAGCACGCGAUGGCCACUAUCCUAAGUACAUGUGUCAGCACAUCGGGUCUUCACGGCAAAAGUUUACUUCCAGUGCAAGUAUGUGGUUCACCAUUCUGUGCCUUUCAUUCCUAAUCAACAUUGCAAAUAGCGAAUUUGUAGUGGAGGUUAAUAAACUGUUUAAGACCUGUGCAAACCCCAAAAAAGCAGCACCAUUUCCGUUGGAUUUAUCCAAUUUGCAGGUGUAUCUCAGGGAAGAUGAAAAGCUCGUAAUGAACGGAGAGAUCAAAUUUACCCAAAACAUCAAUCCACCGUGGGGUGUUUCCAUAUACACCCAUAAGCUGGAUCACGGCGAAUGGCUUCCGACACCAUACUCUAAGCAUUCGUUUAAUCUUUGCAUAGCGAUGCACGCCAGCACUGAAAUGUGGUAUGCAGUUACCAAACAUAUGAACCAAACAAAUUGUCCUUUUAAAAAAGGGCACGUGGAAAAGUUCGAUAUGGUCGAUCUGGGAAACUUUGGGUUUGAUGAUGUGCUGGCGGAUCUUGUUGGAGAUUGGAGAAUAUUCCUCGAUUUCAGCUUAGGGCCGGUUCCACAUCAGAUGAAAGUUUCUUGUAUUAUGAAUGAAAUUUCCAUACUGGAGCAUUAACGUUUUUCUCAGUGAAAUGAAAACCUAACGUUGUGGUAAAGUUGAGUCGAAUGAACGUACAAGAAGAAUGUUGUAUUGGUAAACAAGGCAAAAAUAAAACCCAACAUUUGAACAUGUAGUAAUUGAAUACUUUAUUUAAGGCAUAGUAAUUGCAUAAUGUAGUUGGUAUUGACUGACUCGAAAGACAGAAAAACAUCACUAGACAAGGAAGAGUCUAUACAAGCCUAGUGCGACAUCGAUAGAUAAAAAAUGAUCAAGAAUAGCAAUUUUAACCAUGUCGUAUCUUAAAUGACCAUUUUCAAGAACGAUCUAUCAUGAUCGACAGUGGAACAAAAAAAAAUUAUCUCGACAAAAGGGGAAAAGUAGAACAGCUCAUUGGCUAAAACCGCUGCAAUGCCAAACCGACCGGAUGAGUGUGGUCCAACGUAUUCUAAAUGGUGAACCUCCUGCUGUGCAAGCUGAUGGACGCGCUGACUACCUCCAUCAUCAUCUCGCGCUGCCUUUUGUCUGUAUCCAGGUCGUGUGGCACAAUUAACGGUGUUUAACCACUAAUCGCCCUCUUGCGCAGAGGGACGCACAAAUGGACGAGAAAAAAAAAAAACAAGCACCGUCAAGCAUUAUGACCACUUCGUAGCCUCCAAAAAGUAUGCUCAGUUCACCAUACUGCACUAGCUGAAUGGUGGAAAUUUUUGCAUCCGAUUAAAUUUUUUUUGUAUUUUUCCAACUUUUUUUGUGCUUCUUUAUUUCAUAUCGUGAUCAGCAACGCGAAGAACCGGUGCGUGGUGCUGUGCCGAACGUUGGUUAAUUGUUGCGGCAAGAAAUUAGAUUUCGGCUGCUUCAUAAUUCAAUUACAAACCUCGCGAGCCCUCGGACGCUGAUCGAUUGCGAUCGAGAGCACUGCAGAUCGGCAUUGACCAGCGAGCAGAACGUGGCGAUUACAGUGCUGGCAUUAAUUGUGUCUAGUGUAAUUUAUAGCAAACAAUCGAAUGAGUGUCAACGAAUUCAGGCCUAAUAUCUAAGCGUUUCUCCACAUAUUUUUCAUCUUACCGAUCUAUGUAUAUGUAUUCUAUAUUACAGUAAUAUAAUAUUAAAAUUCAUCUAUUUUUUAAAUUUAUAAUUCCUUGUCAUUUUCAAAGUUAUAAUCUUCAUUACACCUGUUAGAGUAAACUUUUGUAUAAAAUUGUAUUGCUAUGUUGUUGUCUCGUUUUGUUUUGAAUCCAUGUUUCAAUUUUUACAUUCGAUUAUCGGGUGAUUUUUUCAUAGUUUUUGCCUAUAUAGAUGAUAUUAUCCCUUUUUUAUAUCUUUUUAUGUUUUCAUCAUAUAUCUUAUUUACAUGUAUUAUUUCCUUUUCAUAUUUAUUAAUUUAUUCUUGUUCAUUGUUCCGUCGGUAUUCAUUUUUUGUCCACACUUUGUUAAAUUUGAAAAAAAAAUCUUUUACAUUUUUCUAACAUGUGCCUAGAAAAUGCACUGUAUUUGUUAUUAAGUUUUAUUUUUUCUUUUGAUUAGUUUGAAAAGGUAAAAAUAAUAUUUUGCAAACGGAAAUUUAAAUAAAUGUACUUAAAAAUGAGCAUACCACUGUACGCAUAACUGCGAUAGCUGUUUAAAUUUUAGACCUUCGAAAAACAACACCGUCGAACCAUCACGAACCAUUUCGUACGCUCACAAAACUUUUCCACACCGAGGCGAAGGUGCUGCUAAUUGCAAAUUGAGAUCAAUAACGAUCAUUAAAGCUGUAUCUUGGUCCCGAGUACCGGUGCAUACUGUUGCUUCUGAUGCUCUACAAAGGAGAAGAAAAAAAACGCAGAAACUCUCACAGUAUCCAUAGCGUAAAAAAAUUGCCCCGGCAUCAACGCACGGUCGGUGCGCUGUUUUUCAAGUAGAGCAGUAAAUAGACGAUGUAGAGGAGUAAAAAAAUCACAAGGGAAGGCAUAUAGCUUCCUAUAUGUCCGAAUGCCGUUCUAGGAUGAUUUGAACAGCAAGAAAGGCGAACGGGGGGGAAAAUUUAGGAAAAUUACCCCACGUAACUGCUAAAUGAAAAUGGCCCUCGAUCUACGGUGAGGUAACGUUAGUUACACGAAGAAUGAAAAAAAAACAAAAUCGGUAAGACGCAACAUAUGACUCUUAAUUGAGGUUACAUUGGAACACUGAGCUCCGAUUCAGGAUUACAUGAGACAGGGGUAUUGUAAUGGGGAUUAUAAUUACAAACUAUUGAUCGUUUUCAUACGGUACAACACCGUACAGUAUGAAACAGUAACGAGCAGCCAGGAAAAAUCCUGUUCUAAGGAUAGUUCCAGGAUCCGGCAAAACACCUACUACACUCUGAAUCGAUAAAGGUACCCGUCACUAUCUUCAUUCUGUUGGUUAAUGCUGAACGAUUCAAACGCCACUAACCCUACCGAUGGUGAUUGACGUCAUCAGUAAGACAAUUAGAAUCGUGUAUAGCGCCACUAAAAUUGAACCUACGGACGCAAGUACACCAACGCACACGCAAGCCAAUAGGGCAAUGCAAACCGUACGAGUACCUUCACAGAGACGCCUUGAAAGACUUCGAUACUAUCGACACCCGG